AUGGCUGCCGUUAUGGACACGAACGUGGAAGAAACGGAGAACGGAAGCUUGUAUCCAAUCGCCGUCUUGAUUGACGAAUUGCGUAAUGAAGAUGUGCAACUGCGUCUCAAUUCGAUUCGAAAGCUGAGCACGAUCGCUCUUGCACUCGGUGUUGAGCGAACGCGCAAUGAGCUCAUACAUUUUCUCACAGAUACGAUUUAUGAUGAAGAUGAAGUUUUGCUCGUUUUGGCCGAACAGCUUGGAAACUUUACACCACUCGUCGGCGGCGCUGAUUUCGUCCACUGUUUACUUCCUCCACUGGAAAAUCUGGCUACUGUUGAAGAGACUGUUGUUCGAGAUAAGGCUGUGGAAUCACUUCGAAAAAUUGCCGAGAAACAUAGCUCUGCUGCCCUUGAAGAGCAUUUUAUCCCGAUGGUUAAACGUCUGGCUACUGGUGACUGGUUUACUUCUCGUUCAUCAGCUUGUGGGCUUUUCAGUGUCUGUUACCCCAGAGUUGGACCUGCCGUCAAAGCUGAAUUAAGAAACAUGUAUCGUCAACUUUGCCGUGAUGACACACCAAUGGUGCGCCGAGCUGCGGCUGCUAAAAUGGGCGAAUUUGCCAAAGUUCUUGAAAAAGACGCAAUUGUUGAAGAAUACAAUCAAAUGUUCCUCGAUUUGGUCAUCGAUGAACAAGAUUCUGUUCGUCUUUUGAUGGUCGAGGCUUGUAUCGCAAUGUCGUCAGUUAUUCCAAAAGCCGACAUGGUUAAACAUGUGAAACCAGCCCUUGUUGCUUUGAUUGAAGAUAAAAGCUGGCGUGUUCGCUACAUGGUUGCAGAGAAAUUUGUCGAGUUACAAAACGCAUUGGGUGGAAUGGAUGAAAGCACGGUCAACGAAUUGGUCGGCUACUUUACGAAUCUCUUGAAAGAUGCUGAAGGCGAAGUUCGCGGAGCUGCUGCUCAACGCAUCGAAGGUUUCUGCAAGACACUCCCAGAAGCCUUUCGGGAGCAAGCAAUCAUCAACCACAUUCUUCCCGUCAUUAAAGAGUUGGUCUCCGAUCAAAAUCAACAUGUGAAAGGGGAACUCGCCUCGGUGAUCAUGGGAUUGGGACCAAUUGUUGGCAAGCAAGUCACUGAGACUCAUCUUCUGCCUAUUUACACUGCCAUGUUGCGCGACUCGACUGCUGAAGUUCGUCUCAAUAUCAUCUCAAGCUUGGAGAAGGUGAGCGAUGUGAUUGGAGCUUCGAUGAUGCGAGAUGAAGUACUUCCUGCUGUAAUCGAGCUUGGUGAAGAUGGAAAAUGGCGUGUUCGUUUGGCUCUUGUUACGCUGAUGCCACUACUUGCACAACAAUUGGGACGCGAAUUCUUUGACGAGAAACUGCUUCCAUUGUGUAUGACUUGGCUCACAGAUCAUGUUCAUGCCAUUCGUGAGGCCGCGACGAACACGCUCAAGCAAUUGACCCAGAAGUUUGGUGGUGAAUGGGCAACGCGAACUCUCGUCCCAAAGGCGGUUCAAUUGUCCAAGGACAACAAUUAUCUCCAUCGACAGACUGCCCUAUCGAUGUUAACUGGAUUGAGUGAAGCUGUUGGAAAUGAUCAAACUGUUGCUGAUGUUUUGCCUAUUGUCAAGCAGUUGGCUAACGACAACGUUCCAAAUGUCCGCUUCAACGUAGCAAAGUCUCUGGUCAGAAUUGGAAAAAUUGUCAGCCCCAGUGUGCUUCAAAGUGAAAUCAAACCAAUUCUGAGUCAACUUGGUGGUGACACUGAUUUUGAUGUACGCUAUUUUGCCGACGAGGCACGCACAGCUUUGAACCUA